AUGAAGCAGCGUAAUGGAAAGACGGCUCGAGGUGACCAUCGGUAUUACUGCGAAGUGAUGUUGGAAGCAGGCGCAGGCAUUGCAAACAAGACCAUUAACGGCAAAACUGCCAUAGAUUUUGUCUGCGCUGCAAUUUCAGUCAACAGUCGGAAGCUUGCCGAUGCCCAGGGCAACCUUGAGGCCGCGAACUCUGAUGUCGUUAUUGCUUCCUGGGAUGCCGGAGGUCGACCGAUUGAAGACGGCCGAGGAAAAGCUGCGUGGAACCAAACUCUUUUUAGAGCAGAAGGCGCGUACGGCUGA